AAAACUUUCGUCUGAAAUGGAUUCUCAAGGGAAAGAGAAGGGUAUAAAAGCUCUAAAUGAUGUUGUAUUGGCUCAUGAUGAAGCUGCUCUUGCUGUGAUGCAGGCUGACAGUUGCCUUCUGUACCAGAAGCAGUACUACGCAACGAUUCUUCUGGCUCAAAGGAUCAAAGAAGAAAUGCUCCAGAAAUUUGAGCUUGAAAAAAUGAUCGAGAAGAUGAAUUCUGAGAAAAAGAGGUACGAAAGCAUGGCUAUUCCAGGUAUCCUGGUUCCUACUGACAAGCAUGGCAAACAUCUUGUAAGAGUCAUGGCAAAGCCAAAGAGACAUCGACGGACCAAGAGUGAGAUCCAGAGGAAGUAUAAGUGUAGGAGUGGCCACUGCUCGAAGUCUUAUGGCAGCGAAGGGUCUCUGAACCAGCAUAUUAAGCUUAAACACCCGGAGUAUUGGAAUGAGAUCAUUAAUUCUGGUAAAGUAAGGAAGCUUUAG